UGGUUCGCCAACGCCAGAAGAAGACUCAAGAAGGAGAACAAGGUGACAUGGGGCAGAAGUAAAGAGGACGAAGAAUGCAACCUUUUUGGGAGCGACAACGAGGGGGACGCCGAGAAAAACGAAGACGAGGAGGAAAUAGAUUUGGAGAGCAUAGACAUCGACAAGAUCGACGACAACGACGGGGAUCAAAGCAACGAGGAGGACGAGGAAAAGCGCGGGGAGCUCGAGGCCUUCGAGAAAUCCAAAUCCAACGCCAUUUCCGGCAGCAAAGAGCCGUCGGACGGAAACAACAACAACACCAGGGUUCUGUCGCCGGGUCGCCAGGGAGGUUUUCCAGUUCCGGUUAGCAAUAAGCCCAAAAUAUGGUCGUUAGCAGAAACCGCGACCAGUCCCGAUAGCUCGCAGAAACCCACUUCACCCUCGGUUCCCGCCACUCACCCGGCCUUCCUGCCGAGCCACGGACUGUACACGUGCCAGAUCGGGAAGUUCCACAACUGGACCAAUGGCGCGUUUCUGGGCCAGAACUCCCUGCUGAACGUGCGAUCGUUCCUGGGCGUCAAUCAGCAUCACCACAAUCACCCGGUUCACUCGCAGCAGCAGCAGCAGCAGCAGCCCUCGUCGGGGGUGUCAUCGAUGGCAGCC